GAGGCUCGCGCUGCUGUUAGCCCGGUGCUAGCUCACUGACAGUUUAAUCUGCCUGUCCACAGCUAAACGUACACGUACCCCGAGCAGCUGCGAGGCUUUAUUUUGUGGCUGGUUUAGCUGAAAGACUCCAGCAUGUGACCAAAGACAGAUGGGCUGCCCGUGAUGUUAUUGGACCACUAAAAUGUUUUAGUUCAUGACGCUGUUUUGGACCAAGUUUACUUCUUUUUAUCUCACUGUGAUACUAUUUGAGGUUUUGCAUGAGUGAUGAAUUCAAGACACUACUAUGAGAGCGUAAAGAAGACCCAGAGAUAGACCUACAGGGACCCACCUCUCGACGGUGGGACACUAGGCUUGCUGUUUAAAUCCCCCUCAGUGUGGUGCUUGUGUUUUUUUCGUUUCCUGGGUUUUUCCUCUUUUUCAGUUUGCAUGGUUGAGCACAAGGGCUACUUUGAGGGUGUCCACCAGUGGCUGUGGUCUUGCCAAAGCUGAGUAAGUGCUUGCCAGCCAUUGCUGAUUUAGGUUGACUGUUAUCAGCGCUGCAGCUCCGUCACUGCGAUGUUCGGGAUGAUGAACACGAUCUGGAGACUGCCUUGCUGUAGAACUGUGGCGUGUGUGGUUUCCGUUUCAACAUUGUGACCAGAUUGGACUGCAUUCUUUUUUUUCAUUUCCAAGGACAUCUGUUUGUUCAUAAAAAGGGACACUGAAUUAAAAAAAACAACUGAGAGGACUGAAUAAUGAAGCUAAGGAAGCAGGUUACGGUGUGUGGAGGGGCCAUUUUCUGUGUGGCUGUAUUCUCACUAUAUCUGAUGUUGGAUCGAGUCCAGCAUGACCCUGCAAGGAGACAGAGCAGUGGAAACUUUCCAAGGAGUCAAAUCUCAGUGCUACAGAACAGGAUAGAGCAGUUGGAACAGCUGCUUGAGGAAAACCAUCAAAUUAUAAGUCACAUAAAAGACUCUGUGAUGGAGCUCACAGAUACAGGUGCAGUGUCUCCUAGUGGCCACUUGCCUUUCAGGAGCGCCAAUGGUUCUUGGGUUCUCCCCUUUGAUGGUCGACCCACAUUUUUAGCGAUCAAGCCCCAGGACUGCCAGUUUGCCGGGCUCCGUCGGGGCCAUCCGGAUGUGCAGAUGCUGGAUGUGUACUCACUGUUAAAGUUUGACAACCCCGAUGGUGGUGUUUGGAAACAAGGCUUUGACAUUACUUAUGAACCUGAUGAAUGGGACAAUGAGCCACUGCAAGUGUUUGUCAUCCCUCACUCUCAUAACGACCCUGGGUGGGUCAAAACCUUUGACAAGUACUUCACAGACCAAACCCAGCACAUAUUAAACAACAUGGUUGUGAAGCUGGCGGAGGAUCCCCGAAGGAAGUUUAUCUGGUCUGAAAUUUCUUUUUUCUCAAAGUGGUGGGAAACUGCAGACACACAAAAGCAGGAAGCCAUGCGCAAACUGAUCCUUGGGGGACAGCUAGAGAUUGUGACAGGAGGCUGGGUGAUGACAGAUGAAGCCAGCGCUCACUACUUUGCAAUGAUUGACCAGCUUAUUGAAGGACACCAGUGGCUAGAAAGAAAUCUAGGCAUUAAGCCACGUAGCGGGUGGGCGGUGGACCCUUUUGGACACAGUGCGACGAUGCCAUACCUGUUAAAAAAGUCCAACUUGACCAGCAUGCUUAUCCAGAGGAUCCACUACUCCAUCAAAAAGCACUUUUCCUCCACACGGAACUUGGAGUUCAUGUGGAGGCAGGCGUGGGACACUGGAGCCAACACAGACAUGUUCUGCCACAUGAUGCCGUUCUACAGCUACGAUGUGCCUCACACGUGUGGACCAGACCCAAAGAUCUGCUGCCAGUUUGACUUCAAAAGAUUACCAGGUGGCCGCAUUAACUGCCCCUGGAAAGUGCCUCCCAAAUCUAUAGUGGAAGCCAAUGUAGCAGAAAGGGCACAGCUGCUCUUGGAUCAGUACAGGAAAAAGUCUAAGCUCUAUCGCAGUAAGGUGCUUCUUGUUCCUCUGGGAGAUGAUUUCCGCUAUGACAAGGCCUUAGAGUGGGACCAGCAGUACAUCAACUACCAGAAACUCUUUGACUACAUGAAUUCACACCCCGAGAUGCACGUACAGGCUCAGUUUGGGACUCUCUCCGAGUACUUCAGCGCUCUGUACAAAGCUUAUGGGGUGCCCGAGGGAACCAGACCUACAGACUUCCCUAUUCUCAGUGGAGAUUUCUUUGCCUAUGCCGACCGGGAAGACCACUAUUGGACCGGCUAUUUCACCUCUAGACCCUUUUACAAAAGCCUUGACCGUGUGAUCGAGUCGCACCUCAGGGGAGCAGAGAUUCUCUACAGCCUUGCAAUGGCUAAUGCUCGACAUGCUGGUAUGGAGGGACGCUACCCCGUGUCAGACUACGCCCUGUUGGUUGAUGCAAGACGCUCAGUUGGCCUCUUCCAGCACCACGACGCCAUCACAGGGACUGCGAAGGAAAAUGUUGUCAUUGACUAUGGCACAAAAUUACUGCGCGCGCUCAUCGGCCUGAAAAGAGUGAUCAUCAAUGCUGCUCAUUUCCUGGUGAUGAAGAACAAAGACUUUUAUCGCUUCUACCAGACCGAGCCUUUCCUAGAGACGGACGACAGACGAGCUACCCAGGACUCUCUGCCUCAGCGCACGCUAAUCGAACUGGACCCAGCUGGACCCAGGUACGUGGUUCUGUUCAACCCAGUGGAGCAGGAGCGUCUGUGUGCUGUGACUGUGCUGGUGAACACUGUCAGGGUGCGAGUGCUCACAGAAGACGGGCAGACUGUCCCUGUGCAGCUCAGCGCUCAGUGGAGCUCUGCAAGUCAAAUGAGCGCAGAGGUAUUUGAGGCGACAUUCAUGGCACGCCUUCCUCCUCUGGGUCUUGCCGUGUUUCACUUGUACGACUCUGCCGACUCUCCCAUGACCCUGCGCUCAGAGACCCUGCUCAGGCUGCCGGGCCGAGGGGUGACCGCCCGCGCAGCUGACCCCCUCCCCGUGCGCUCCCUACAGGCCGACGCGCAAACCUUCUACAUCAGCAGCCAGUCGCUCAUCCUGGGAUUCUCAGGAACCACGGGACUCUUAGAGAGUAUUAGGCGAAGAGAGGAUUUGCAAGAAGUGAAAGUUCAGAUGCAGUUUGUGGUCUACGGCACCCGGCCAUCGAAGGACAAGAGUGGAGCAUAUCUGUUUUUACCAGAUGGAAAAGCAAAGCCGUACAGUCAGAAGGAGACCCCUGUGGUUCGUGUGGUGGAGGGGCCUCUUUUCUCUGAGGUGGUGGCCCAUUAUCAGCACUUCCAGCAGACCGUACGGAUCCACAAUGUGCCUGGUGUUGAAGGAUUAUCUGUAGACAUGAUGACGACAGUGGACAUCAGAGAUCAGACCAAUAAGGAGCUGGCUAUGCGCUUGGUUACAGAUGUCCAGAGUGGAGACAUGUUCUUCACUGAUCUUAAUGGCUUCCAGAUUCAGCCUCGUCGUCGCUACUUAAAGCUUCCCAUUCAAGCCAACUUCUACCCCAUGCCUAGCCAAGCCUACAUCCAAGACAGCCAGUACCGCCUUACCCUGCACACGGCUCAGUCUCUGGGAGUCACCAGUUUAGAAAAUGGUCAGCUCGAGGUGAUUCUGGACCGGCGACUGAUGCAAGACGAUAACCGCGGGCUGGGACAGGGCCUAAAGGACAACAAGAAGACGGUGAACCGCUUCCGGCUGCUACUCGAGCGCAGAGGCCUGAGCAACAAGAUGAUGGACACUGGAGUCACAAGCUUCCCCUCUAUACUCAGCCACAUGACCAACGCCUUCUUAAAUCACGAUGUGUUGGCACUACCCGUCCUGCCUAAACGCAGAGGCAUCCCUCCUUUACAAACGUUUGCCCCUCUCAAGUCUGCGUUCCCCUGCGACAUGCACUUGGUGAACCUGCGCAGCAUCCAGACCCAACAGGACGCUCUGACCCCCUCACCACACACGGUCUUCAUCAUUCACCGACUGGGCCUGGACUGUACGCUGGAGGCUCAGAACAUGGCCUUCAACUGUACCACUACACAAGGACAGCUUAACAUCUCUGGGCUCUUCAAGAAUCUGGACGUGCAGCUGCUGCAGCCCGUGUCUCUCACUCUCAUGCACUCGGGGACGGCUCUGGCCAACGACUCCACCAUUAGCCUGGACCCCAUGGAAAUCUCGGCCUUCAAACUCAAGCUGCGCUAAAACAGCUGUCCCAACAACAAGCGUCAGGGCUCCCUGGUCCGGAACAGCAGCCAGACCUGAGCUGGCCUCAGACUCUUGCUCCUCUGGACUGUCCUGAGUGCACAUUCACAACCACAAAGAUCACAAAGCAAAAAUGUCUGUACCGAGCGUGAACUGACAGCAGGGGGCAGGCUGUAGCUGUGAUACUGUGGCCCUGUGGGGAGCAGAGACAAGACUUGUAACUUAGAGCCUUCUAGAAGCUGGUGUUUCUGAAACACACUUUAAUUUAACUCUGCUAUGUAAGAAUUCACUUUUUCUACAGUUUGGUCGAUCUCAGACUUAAAUAUUGAAUGUAAAUAUCCACAAGGCCUGGACUUGUGCAAUUUCAAGAUUUGUUUGGCUGUAGGCCACUGAUUUAAUUCACGUCCUUCUUUUUGAAAGCAGCUCAGAAUGUGUGGUCUCAUUCGCUCCAAACCCGUGAUGAGACCAACACACAGCUGUGGCGAAGUCCAAGAGUUCAGCAGCAGCUGCUAGAAGAUAAAAUGUGACCAUUUAUCAUAUUGUGCGUAACGGAUGACUGUUGUGCCCAUUCUAUGGAUAGAGGACUUUCUCUCCUUCUCUCCUCCCUGUGAGCUUCCCCUUUGUCGCUGAUGAGAAAAAUAUGCAGGGGUCCAGGGGGAGUUGGACCAGAUUCUCUCAGCCCCUCUUCUGUCAUUCCCACACUCAUCCUUCUCUGCUGAGUCGCUGUUUUUUUUCAGUUUCAGACUGUAUGCAAUGUGAGCCUAGACAGUGACUAUACCUCACAUUUGGCACAUUUAUCCAUGAGUGUCCGUGUGGAGUGUCUGUUUCCUUUAGCUCAUUAUUUUGAGCAUUUUUCUGUAGCCUGGCCAUCCAGAACAUCUUUUUCUCAAUGUAUGGAUCCUCAGCCUAUUAGCAAAAAGGGUUGUAUAUGCGCACAAAUUUAUCGGAGGAUACUAGGGCUAUCAAAGGAACUACGUAAAGGUAACUACUUGUUUGCAAUAUAUAACAUUCUGUAUAUUGCAUAACUAAUUGCAGGUUUGUUUGUUUACCAUAAACCAAAGUGAAAUCUGUUUAAACCAAGUAUUUUCUUUAAACAGCCCAGAGUUGUGAUGGCUGCCCAGGCUACUUUCUUUCUACACUUUCAGGGACCAUACAUUGUACUGUUAGGCAGUUGAAACUUUGCUAACUCAAAAGGACCUUUUUUUAGAUGUACUAUAGUUUCCACAUAUUUCUGCAUCAGCUGGCAAAAAGUUUCCCCAGGUUGAAUCAUACUUUGAAACCCCUUUAUAAAGAAAUCUUGACACCUUUCCAAUUUUAACAGGUAAUCAUUUCCUUCAAACUCUCUGGCAACACACUGGAAUUGGCAAUGCUUCUAUACAGUUUAUUUUUUCCACUUGACAGAAACUUGUCAAAGAGGCUAAAAGCACUUGCUAUGCAUUACACACUGCAUCAAUGCUGUGAGAAAUGGUUUACUACUUUUAAAUGCAAAAGUCGGGGUGACAUUUCGGGCAAUUUGGCUGGGGCACAACAAAAAGAUUCACCUCUAACUCGCUUCUAUGUGUGCGUGACCACUCCAAUAAAAGCAUUUCUUCAAAUAGUCACUCGUACGGCCUCCACAGUGCUUCGGAUACUUAGGUGGUUUCAGGCUUACUUGUAUCUUAUCCUUCACAGCAUUUUGGAGCACCUAGGUCACAGUGUGCGCCCAUACAGUAAAUCACCUUGAACUUAAUCCAGUAUCUCUAUCAGAAGUCCUGUGCGUAACAAUUCUGAGACCGGGCGACUUCACUCGUGUUGUUUGUCACUGUUUGUAAUGUGAGUCUAUCAAUUUCAUUCUUUUUUUUAAAUGUGAUUUUUGUAGCACUGUUUUUGAAUCAGAGAUAAUAUAUGAAGGCAGUGGUGGUCUAUAAUAGAGUGAAUAGGCUGUGCAGGGGAAAGGUGGAACGAAUAAAGAUUAAUAUUCAGUACA